AUGAGUAUGAGCAGCGCGCCACGGGCGAGCCAGCUUUCAGGCUCGACCGUCUACCCUUCAAAUGCCAGCUUGAACUCCCUCGCAACCGCUAGCACAAUCAUCUCACCGCCCUCUAACGGGCAGGUCGUCGCCACCAGCAACAUCAUCAACCAAAAGGCAGACGCUUCGCGCUCCCUCUACCAAAUAUGCGUUGCCAUCAAGAACCGACUGAGCCUCGCACCCGGCUUCGACGAGUACAUGGCCCAACUUGAGGAGAGGGAACAGGAAGGUGGAGACGCCGGCGGACCUGUCGAAGGCCUCUGGGGCCUGCUGAGGACAGGCAUUCCUCUCCUGUCUAUCUACAAUGCCACCGAUCCAGACGACCCACUCGUCGUCAACGUACCAAACGCCACCGAUGCGAAGAAAGGGAAGCUCGCGAUUGCUAAGUUUGUGCAAGGAUGCUCGAAAGAACUGAAGAUACCGCCUCAGGAAAUGUUCAUUGUUGCAGAUUUGCUAGGCACUGAUACAUCGGGAUUCAGCAAGGUCCUGGUGGUUAUCAACAUGGUUCUCGACAUUGCUCAACAGAGAGGUCUCCUGAGACAACCACAACAAACGCCGUACGGCGACAUCGAUGCCCCGCCCCCCGAGGGAGUUGCGAAAAUGAGCUACCGCGAUCACAUCAUACGCGAACUUGUGGACACCGAGCGCAAAUACGUCCAGGACCUUGAAAAUUUGCAUGAUUUGAAGAAGACGCUGGAACAAAGGGGCGCGAUCAGCGGCGAUGUCGCACAUUCGAUCUUUCUCAACAUCAAUUCUAUCCUCGACUUCCAACGGCGCUUUCUGAUCCGCGUCGAGACAACAAACUCCAUGCCGCAGCUUCGGCAGGAAUGGGGCAGUCCAUUUGUGGCAUACGAAGACUCGUUCAAUGCAACUUACCAGCCUUUCAUUGCCAACCAAAGAAAAGCGGCUCUGAUCGCGAGCCAGGUUUUUGACAAGAUUCAGACUAUUCAACACCCCGUGGCCUGUGAUUACAAUACCCUGGAUGGUUUCCUACUCAAACCUAUGCAGCGACUUGUGAAGUACCCUCUGCUGCUCAAGGACCUGAUGAAGAAGAGCGAUGACGAGACCAUCAAACAAGAUUUGGCGGCUGGUAUUGAGGCCGCAGAACACGUCCUAAAGAAAGCAAACGAGGCCGUUGAUCGGGACCUGCUUGACGAGGCACUGGAAGAGCUGGUCGGCCGCGUAGACGACUGGAAGAACCACCGCGUGGAGCAUUUCGGAAAACUUCUGCUCCAUGGUGUGUACACGGUCAUCACCGGCAAGACUGACCAAGAGAAGGACUAUGAGAUCUACCUUUUUGAGUGCAUCCUGCUGUGCUGCAAAGAAAUCACGCCAAAUAAGAGCAAGGACAAGAAGGACAAGACACGCUCGACAGGUCCGAAGAUGCGCAACAAGAACAACAAGUUGCAGCUCAAGGGACGUAUUUUCAUGACAAACGUCACAGAAGUGUUGAGUUUCUCAAAGCCCGGAUCGUACACCGUGCAGAUUUGGUGGAAGGGGGACCCCGGGGUUGAGAACUUUGUCAUCAAGUUCUCGAAUGAGGAGAUGAUGAAGAAAUGGGCCACUGGUCUCGAUAAGCAACGAAAGGAGAACGCGCCUCAGAGCGCAACGAGCCCUGACCAGUCGACGGCGAACUUUAGGUGGAUGGAAGCGCAAGGCGGGGACCUGGUGAAUCCAUAUGCGGAGCACGACGAGGAUGAUGAUGACUUCCCCCCUCCAUCAUCGGCGUCAUCCUAUAACCCCAUGCAAGGACUCAUGCCAAGGACGGCCUCUAGCACGAGCCUGCGGCAACGGUCAGGAACGCAGGAGAGCACGAUGUCGCUAGCCGGUAUGGUGCGCCGACAGCCACCUCCAAGCUUCCCCAUGCCACAGCCGCCGACAGCCCUUUCGCUGCAAACCGGAUCGCAGCCACAGCAUUCUCCCGGACCACGCGGUGGAGAGUCGUAUUUUUCCCCGGUUGCCGAGUCCCCUGCUUCGUCAAGGACAAGCACCACAUCUAGCUUCUUCGGUCCGAGUUCCAGCUACAUACUACCCAAGAAUGGAGCCCCGCAGUCCGGGUGGCCAGAAGACAAUAAUCGAUACACAGCUCCAGCCAUGCCACGGGCCCCUUCCCGCGACGGACCGUCCCCAGCGAAUGCCUACGGAAUGGUGAACGGCCGCAACCCACGUGGACCCUCGUUGCCAGCAAUGGCAACGUCGUCAUCGCAGUCUAUCGCCGCGCAACAAAGAAGUAGGUCUUACUCAACUCCUGAUAUCAAUGGCCAACCACAGCAACCGGUGAGGAGAACCGAGCGAGGAGGUAGUCAAGGCGUUCCAGCCGUGCCCGGCAUCCCCGCGCAUUUGCAUCCAGCACAUGACGGCAACAUCCCGAGGAGCCAGACGGGCAGUCCCAGGCAAGAGCUUCCGAUUCGGGCUAACACCCAGAGUCCAGGCGUCCAGAGGGAUCGCUUGCAACAGUUCGGCGGGGGAGGUCAAAUGGCCCAAUUCCCAGCUCAGCCUGUUCAUCGUCAGCUUACCCCUGGUCCCAAUAAAAAUGGCCUCAUGCCUGCACCAUUGAAUCUCGACUCAUCAAGGACAGUUUCUCCAGGACUGAACACCGCAGGGGCCGCGCCGCCCACCUCGAACCCCCUGGCCAGCCCCAACCCGAAUGACGCGCCCUUCCAAUCCCAACUCAAGGUCAAGGUCAACUGCGACAGUGGCAACUACGUCACACUUGUAGCAGCCUUCAACAUCACGUACCAGAGUCUUACCGAUCGCAUCGAUGCCAAGCUCUCGCGGUUCACAAACUCAAGUAUUGGUAAGGGAAAUCUGAGGCUGCGAUACCGCGACGAGGACGGCGACUUCGUCAACAUCGAGAGUGACGAGGACAUCCAAAUCGCGUUUUCAGACUGGCGCGAGAACAUCCGCAGCAUGUACAGUGGUGGCAUGGGAGAGAUAGAGCUCUUCUGUGUGGGUGACACGGCUUAG